AUGAUCGAAUCAUUGUCGCCGACGACUCUGUUGUUCGUCUUCCUCACACUUGCCUAUUUCUUGAUCCGCUUCCUCAACUCCACCGAUCAACCCAAAAUCAAGGGUCUGCCUGAGAUCCCGGGCGUGCCCAUAUUCGGCAAUCUGCUUCAACUGGGUCAGGAUCAUGCACGUGUUACCGCGGGUUGGGCAAAGAAAUACGGCUGGCCUGUCUUCCAAACUCGACUGGGCAACCGUCGUAUUAUUUUUGCCAACACGUUUGACUCAGUCAAACAUUUCUGGAUCACGAAUCAAUCUUCUCUCAUCUCCCGCCCGACUUUGUACACCUUCCACAAUGUCGUGUCAAGCAGCCAAGGCUUCACGAUCGGUACCUCGCCCUGGGAUGAAUCCUGCAAGCGCCGCCGCAAGGUCGCGGCUACGGCCUUGAAUAAACCUGCUGUUCAGAGUUACAUGCCAUUCAUCGAUCUCGAGAGUUGUGUGGCUAUCAAGGACAUGUACAAGGAUUCCAUGAAUGGGACCGUUGAUUUGGAUCCUCGCAAGUAUUUCCAUCGAUUUGCUCUCAAUACCAGUUUGACCUUGAACUAUGGCAUUCGUAUCGAUGGCGGCAUUGACCAGGAACUACUCAGAGAAGUGGUCCAUGUUGAGCGUGUAGUCUCCAACUUCCGAAGCACGUCGAACAACUGGCAGGAUUACAUUCCUCUUCUGCGACUGCCGUUCCUUUCUCGACAAAACAAAUCUGCCGCCGAAUAUCGCAUUCGCCGUGACAAGUAUCUGACCACUUUCUUGGAUAUGCUCAAGGAACGAAUUGCCAACGGCACCGAUCGACCGUGUAUCACCGGCAACAUCAUUAAGGAUCCAGAGGAGACGCUCAACGAUGCUGAACUCAAGUCCAUCUGCUUGACUAUGGUGUCGGCAGGAAUCGACACCGUCCCGGGUAACCUGAUCAUGGGUCUUGGUUAUCUUGCCUCGCCUCAAGGCCAACACAUCCAGCAGAAGGCAUACGAGGAAAUCAUGAAGGUGUACCCCGAGGAUGGCGAGGCAUGGGAGAAAUGCCUGGUGGAAGAAAAAGUGCCGUACAUCACGGCAUUGACCAAAGAAAUCCUCCGUUUCUGGACAGUGAUUCCCAUUUGUCUGCCGCGGACGAGCAUCAAGGACAUCAAGUACAACGACACGGUGAUCCCGGCAGGCAGCACGUUCUACAUGAACGCCUGGGCCGCCGAUUAUGAUGAGACACACUUCAAAGACCCCACCCAAUUCAUGCCAGAACGAUAUAUUGACGACCAAGAAGGCAGUGGCACGCCGCACUACGGUUACGGGGCAGGCAGCCGGAUGUGCGUGGGAUCACACUUGGCAAAUCGUGAGAUCUACACGGCGUUCCUACGUAUGAUUGUGGCCUUUGAAUUCGUUCAGGCCAAAGAUCCCCGCGACCGCCCUGUCCUAGACGCUCUCGAGUGCAAUAGCAUUCCCACGGCCUUGACAACGGAGCCCAAGCCAUUCAAGGUUGGGUUCCGUAUCAGGAAUAGGGAAGCUCUGGAUCGAUGGAUUCGUGCCAGUGAAGAGCGGACCAAGGAUUUGUGA